AUGCAUUCCAAAAUCGCUGCUUUCCUCCUUCCUCUGCUCGCCACUGCGACGCCAGUGAAGCGGGCUGAUGGACCCAACCCCAAUGAUAUUACCAUCUCGGAUACUACCUACUCUGGCAAUGGAUGUCCCCAGGGCUCCGUCUCUACGAGCAAGUCGGCCGACAAGACUGUCAUAACCUACGGCUUCGACAAAUUCCAAGCCUACAUCGGCCCGGGCACCGUCCCCUCGGACCGCUCCAAAAACUGCCAAAUCCACCUAAACCUCCGCUACCCAGGCGGAUUCCAAUACGCCGUGGUCGACGCCACCUACCACGGAUGGGCGCGCCUCGACGACGGCGUAAACGGCACCUUCAUCACGACCUACUACUUCAGCGAGGACGCCGGCAAAACGCAAACAACGCGCAUGUCCGUCUCGGGCGGUGGCGCCUUCGCCAACGGCCUCGUCUACACCAAGCAAGAUAGUGUGGAGACGACGGCGACGAUUUGGAGCCCGUGCGGCGCAAAUGGGAUACUGAAUGUUAAUAACCGUAUUGCGCUUACGAGUAAGAAUGCGAAUGCCGCGGGUGAAAUGAGUAAUGAUGAUGCGACCGUCGCGUUUACGCAUCAGUUGCAUGUUGCGUGGAGGGAGUGCAAGGUUGCGAAUGCAGCGGGUGCGGCGACGGCGGGUGAUUCGAUUGGUAUUGGAAGCCCGAAUGCUGAGCUUGAAUUUGCGUAG